AUGAAGAUCCCCCUUCUCACCCUGGCGGCUGGCCUGGCCGACGCCGCCUCUAUCUCGCUCAUACCGCGUGCCUUUGCGAAUGCCCCUGAUGGCUACGCCCCCGAUAACGUUACGUGUCCGUCUACCCGGCCGAGUAUUCGGCCCGCCGGCGAAUUAUCUGCCAACGAGACCGACUGGCUGAAGAUUCGUCGUGAAGAAACGCUCAAGCCCAUGAAAGAUCUGCUGGGUCGCCUGAACAUCACCUCGUUCGACGCCAAAUCCUACAUCGACAGUCAUGCGAAGAACAUCUCCAACAUCCCCAACAUCGGUAUCGCCGUCUCCGGUGGUGGAUAUCGUGCCCUGACCAAUGGUGCCGGCGCUAUCAAAGCCUUCGAUAGUCGCACGAACAAUGCCACGGCAGAAGGCCAGCUGGGAGGGCUGCUGCAGUCGGCCACCUACGUUUCUGGUCUGAGUGGUGGCUCGUGGUUGCUGGGGUCGAUUGUCAUCAACAACUUCACCACGGUCAGCGCGCUGCAGUCGGACGAGCGCGUUUGGGAUUUCUCCAAGAACAUCUUCGAGGGUCCCAAUUCCAAGGGACUCCAGAUUUUGAGCACCGCGAGCUACUGGAAAGACCUGUUCAAGGCCGUUGACAAGAAGCAAGAUGCCGGCUACAACACCUCGCUGACGGACUACUGGGGUCGUGCUCUAUCCUACCAGUUCAUCAACUCUUCUUCCAAUGACGGCGGCAUCGAUUACACUUGGUCCUCUAUCGCUCUGACGGACACCUUCAAGAAGGGCCAGAUGCCCAUGCCCAUCGUGGUCGCCGACGGCCGGAACCCCGGCGAGCUCGUUGUCGGCAGCAAUUCGACCGUGUACGAGUUCAACCCCUGGGAAUUCGGCACCUUCGAUCCCUCCAUCUAUGGGUUCGCGCCGCUGGAAUUUCUCGGAUCGCGCUUCGAGAACGGCGAGCUGCCAAAGGACGAGAAAUGUGUGCGCGGAUUCGACAACGCCGGCUUCGUUAUGGGAACCUCCUCGUCUCUCUUCAACCAGGGCCUCCUGCGACUUAACAACACCGAUGUCCCCGACUUUGUGAAGGAGACGGUCAUGAAGAUCCUUAAGAAGCUCGACAAGAGCGACGAGGAUAUCGCCGUUUACUCGCCCAACCCAUUCUAUCGUUACCGCAACGCCACCCAUGCCUACUCGAAGACCCGCGACCUUGACGUCGUCGACGGCGGCGAGGACGGACAGAACGUUCCCCUGCACCCCUUGAUCCAGCCCAGCCGUCAUGUGGACGUCAUCUUCGCUGUCGACUCGUCCGCCGAUACCAACAGCUGGCCCGACGGAUCGUCGCUGGUACACACCUACGAGCGUAGCUUGAACAGCACUGGUAUCGGCAAUGGCACCGUCUUCCCCGCGGUUCCCGACAAGAAUACCUUCAUCAACCUCGGCUUGAACAAGCGCCCGACCUUCUUCGGCUGCGACUCUAAGAACAUGACUGGUCCUGCCCCCUUGGUCGUCUACCUGCCCAACUCCCCUUACAACUACGCCUCCAAUGCCUCCACCUACAAGAUGGAGUACAGCGACGAAGAGCGCGACAACAUCAUCCUGAACGGCUACAAUGUCGUCACUCGCGGUAACUCCAGCGUUGACGCCGAAUGGCCCUCGUGCGUGGGCUGUGCCAUUCUCUCUCGCUCCGCCGAGCGCACCGACACCAAGUUGCCCGAGAUCUGCAACACCUGCUUCAAGAACUACUGCUGGAACGGUACCGUCGAUAGCUCGACUCCUGCCGACUACAAGCCCGAGUUGCAGAUCGAGUCCUCCGAGUCUGCGGCCACUCGCGAGCAGAUGAACCGCACCGCCGCGGUGAUUGCCCUGGCAAUGCUGUUCUUUAUGACUAUGUAG